AUGACUUGUUGUGGAGACGAUCAAACAACAGCUGCAACCUUCGGUCUCGUUCUAUUAUCAUUCAUUCUUCCUCCAUUGGCUGUCUACAUCAGCUUCUACGUUUCUCCAAAUAGCGACAUGGAUUGGGAUGAUUCUGCCUACAUGGGAAGACACAUUUGGUUCUGUAUCACUCUCGGAGCAACCAUUUGUGGAUAUUUACCUGGAGUGUGCAUUGCAUUGUUUUUUGUUAUGACUAAUGGACCUUGUUGUGAUAAAAAGGAGUAG